GGGCUCGCUCUUGUUCGGCUCUUUUAGACCACAGCACUGGUCUUGGAGACACUUCCAUUAGAGGUUUCCGGCUCGUUUACAAGGGGAAGUACGCAGCCUCAUGGCGACGAUCACAGCCACGUUUUCCACAGUUCUGGCGAGUGCGGGGGUGAGGGCUUCGUGGGACACCAAUCCGAGCCCGAAACCUCUCAAAAUACCCAAAUACCCCAAGCCCUCUCGCUCCUUCUCCGCUCCGUCGCUCCCGGCGUCCUCCACAGUUUCAGAGAAGCCAAGGGAGCUCUACCUAUCGGAUUUCCACAAUUCCGGCCUAAAUCGCCCCCAAAUAGGUGGUUUGGAUCAACAAUAUAUGGGCUGCGAGAGAUGGUUGCCUCCUGCCCCCAAAGUGAAGAAACCACGCUCCAUUUACAAUGCGGCAAGUUUAGCAUAUAUUGGUGAUUGCAUAUAUGAGCUCUAUGCUAGGAGGCACUUCUUAUUCCCCCCUCUAAGCAUCAAUGAUUUCAAUGAGCGAGUAAUGAAAGUAGUGCGUUGUGAAUCACAGGAUUUGCUGUUGAAGAAACUUCUUACAGAGGAGUACUUAACAGAAGAAGAAAGAGAUGUACUGCGCUGGGGUAAAAACAAAAGCAGUAACAAAACCAAAACUACUAGAAGGGUUGGUGUGGCCAUUUAUAACAGCGCAUCAUCCCUAGAAACACUUAUUGGUUAUCUCUACCUCACUGAUGUUAAACGCUUGGAAGACCUGAUGUUUAAGCUUGGAUUUUCUACUGAUGCUUCCUCAAAAGAUAUUACUGACGAGUUUCGUAAAAAUUUCAGGUUUCUACUUUACAGGGUGCAAUAAUCUUCAGUAAACUAUAAUGAUGAAAUCUAAGGAGUGAUUUCUUGUUACGAAGGCAAAUUGUCAUUGUUAAGGAGAGUAAUAUAAAUGGCAUAGUAGAUGAACAACUUUUUCUCUUUUGUUUUAUUGCUAGGAGUUAUUUGUUCAAGAUUCAUGAUAGACAAAGAAGGGGGAAAUAUAAGAUGUAUGUUCUUCAA